UCUUAGUUUGGUGUAGUUACUCGCGGCUCCCGUGACGUCACUAACUAAGCAGACGGCAAGUUCGCCUUUACCAACGUUUUUCAGAUUGUCUUUGCAGUUCCAAAUGAUCUUGGGGAAAUGUGUCGAUGUCGUUAGAGGUGGUAUCUUUCCAUUAUGUCCAGAUCUGUUCCUAAGGUGUAGAUGGUGAAAGCUGGGAUCAGAAUGAAAAUGAGUUGAUGCUCCUUGGGGUAAACAGAGUGCAAAGAUAAUGUUUGUUGAACGUUAUCGGCCAGUGCUGUACAUGCAGUACUUGUUACUGCUGGUCGACAUUUUCAUGAACUCAUUUACAGAAAUGCUUCGAUUUCAGAACAUUAUUUUGCUUGUGCUUUAUGUGGCUCAAGACAUGUGCAUCAUCUUCUCUGUCAUCGUUGUCUUCCUGCUGUUCUUUAACACCUUCAUCUUCCAAGCUGGGCUAGUUGGCAUUCUGGUCAGCAAAUUCAAGGUCCCCAUUUGCCUCACAUUCAUCUACUUCUCUUUGUGUGUUGGGCUACAUGUGUGGACAAUGGAACGCAGAUGGAGUGACAUUAAUGUCUUUAUGUGGGACAACAAGGGCUAUCAAGCACUUUAUAUUAUACAGCGCACUUGUGCAGUACUUCAUUAUUAUUUCUACAAAAGAACAGCACUCAAGCUAGGUGAUCCCCGGUAUUAUCAAGAUUCUGAGUGGAUACACCGUGAGUUUGAGAGAAGGAGGUAAUUUGCUACAUGAAAGAUCAGGGAUAUGGUGAGCACCCUCAGGAGUGUUUUGCAGUGGAAGAAGUUGUUACUAUUUAGCAUGAUGAGAUGUUGAAAAUUACUGACGCUGCCAUACGGGUAUCUAGAUGACCCAAGACUCUGGGGAAAGUUCUAAUCUCUCAUGAAUGGACUGGCUGGUGAAAAUAAACCCAAGCUAUUUUCUUACUGUUUGAGCUGGCCCAAAAAUAAAAUAUAAAAGGGGAAGCGGGAGGACAUUCCAGACUGUUCUUUGUUGGGUUACAAAUUUUUAAGAAUAAACAGAAAGUUGCCUUAAGAUUCUGUUCUGAUAUCUUAUCAGGGUUUAGAUAAAAGAUUCAAGUUUUGUUCAUGUUGUUUUUCCCUUGUUCUAGAAUUUUUAUAAAUAAUUUAUUAAAAAAAUGUUAACAUUCAGUCCGCUUUUUUAAGGCCAUGAGCAUAAGAAAUACUAAUCAGAAUUUCUUUUUUAAAGCUGCUUAGGGUGAAUAAGUAGUAUAGCAACUCUAAAACAUACUGACAUUGUCUUACAUGACACAAUAUUCCCACAUGCUGAAAAGCUAAAGCAUGGUGUAUUUGUUAUUAGCAGUUUCCUUUGUUAUACUUCAUCCUAAAAUAGUGCUAAUGCAUUAAUGCAUUGUGUUAGCCAAUGGAAUACCAAUGUCCUCUACAGAGAUUUAAUGUAUAUCAGAAUAAAUAAAAACAAAGGCACACCACUAACUAGUAUAAAUAAUAGCUGUUUUACAGAAAACUUAGGAGGGAAUUAGAGAACUACUAUAGUAUGUUUUACAUCAAUUGAAGAGAGAUGUCCAAUAUCUCUAGGUCUUUUGUCACUAAAUGUUAUCCGUCCACUUGUUUUUGCUUUUAUAUUCCAUGUGUGUAUGUGUACACACUAAUCUCAGUUGAUUGCAUACUUAAAACGAAUAUUACUUACAAAUUUAUUUAUCAUGAUGCUGGGCAGAGAUAUAGAUAUGUGAUAUGCUGUGUGUACAGAAAAUUUAUCUGUGGGUUUUGAUUGUUUUCAUUUAAAUACCAACCUUUCUGAGCAUUAGAAAACUACUUGUGCCCAUAACGUACCUAAAACUGUGCAGAGACCAUACUGGUUUGUGGGAUAUUUAAAAGUGUGAUAUUUUAUGAGUGUAUAUGCAUGCAUAUGCACAUGGAAGAGAGAAUGGAGAUCGGGUGUUGAUAAAGUGAUGAAUCUCAUCUCAUGAAGCUUAAAAAAAGAAACCAACUUAUUCAGUUUCUGAAAUUCAUCUGUAUGAGUUUAGAUUCUUGGUGGAUAAUAUUUUAGUCUGUUCAUCACUUUUGCAGGUUUAGCUAGUUUAUUACCAUGUGGAUUUUUCAAAAUUUGUUUUACUUGAUUCUCAAUCUCCUAUCUACAUAUAUAGCUGGUAAUAUAAUAGAAAUGGUAAUAUUGGUUGUGUAGAAUGUCCAUCACAACUCGUCUAAGAAAAAAAAUAAAAUCCAUGUGUUGCCUUGUAUGUCUCCCUUUGUAUUUUAGAAGACUCCUUUUAAACAAUACUUAACCAAUGCAUUUUAAUAAAUACAAUUUUACUUUUUAUUUCUUUUGCAUUUACUAUUAGGUUGACAUUAUUUACCUGAUUAGACAUUAUAUUGUAAUUAGUACAACUGAAUGAAACAGUUAUAUGUCCAAGUAUAUCUGACCAUUUGUUGGUAUUACUGUUGAAGCUUUGUACUGUUAUAUACAAUAAAAAUUAACAGGCUCUUGAGAAAGAGUAAAUGAA